GUACCACCACAAUAUGAAGCUUUGUACCCGGAUGUUAAGACUAAAGACAGAAGAACAUAUUGCGGUAUGGUGACGGCAUUAGACGCUGCUAUUGGGCGUGUCGUAGAGGCUUUGAAAAAGAAAGGACUUUAUGAUGAUACUAUAUUCUUUUUAACACCUGAUAAUGGCGGAAUGAUAACAAAGGGAGGUAAUAACUGGCCUUUACGUGGCUCAAAAAUCACAGUAUGGGAAGGUGGAACUAGGACUAUUGGAUUUGUUUCGGGAUCCAGACUUCAGAAAACUGGAUACACCUUCGAUGGAUUAAUGCAUGCGGUGGACUGGCACCCUACAAUACUCACAGCUGCCGGCCUUACCUAUGACCGGAAUAUUGACGGCAUAUCACAGUGGGAGGCAAUAAGUACCGGAUCUGAGGGUAAGCGGACGGAAUUUAUCUAUAACCUUGAUGAUGUAGUUCCUGCAACCCAAGGGCAUGCUGGGAUAAGAAUUGGCGAUUACAAAUUAUUGGCGGGAAACACUGGACUAUACAAUGGCUGGUACCCACCAGAUAAAACGUACACAGAGGAGGCGAUGGAGGAUAAAUAUAGUUUUGAAGAAAGAUUGAAAGCCGGGAACGAAUCUUAUUACAAAUUAUUUAACUUAAAAGACGACCCUAACGAGUAUAACAACCUUGCAGACGACAUGCCGGAAAUGCUUCAGAAACUUCUGACACGCAUGAAUGAAUAUAAACAACACAUGAUACCCGCUAAGUAUCCAAAACCAAACCCGUCAGCAAAUCCUAAAUAUUUUGGCAACGCUUGGACACCGGGCUGGUGUAAGAAGCCAAUGGAAUGAUAAUUACUUUCAUCAUUAAGAUCGACUGAAUCUUUUCAUUUCUUUCUGUACAUUUUUUUUUAUAAUUUUAUGUUCUAUUAAAAUGUUAAUUUUAAGAUAUAUUUUCUCAUCUCAUUAUGAGAUAAAUAAUCUAUUUUUAAAGGAGCUCCACUGAGGUCAAA